AUGGGUAAGAAAAAGUCGAAGAAGGUUCAGAAGAGUGAAUCGGCUCCGCAAACUUCUACCGACAAAAAGAAAGCGGAAGAAAGCAAGGUAGAGGAUAUUGAGAAGGAUGAUGAUUUGUAUAUUUCUGAAAAUGAUGUCACAUUGAUUUCAAAGUAAGUUUCACUCUUUUUUAUUUAAUAUAAUAUAUCAUUCAAAUUGUUUUAGUUACAUCCGCACAACAAACAAAUCAUUUCAAAGUUUGGGAAACACUCUAGUUGAGGUGAGUCGAACAAAUAAUUCAGCGGAGUUAAAAACAAAUCUUCAGACUUUCAACGGCCGAUGUGCUGUUGGAUUGAGUCACGCAAUGCUUUCUUUAUUCGACGAAUCAUCAGAUGAUCGAGAUGAUAUUAUAAGACGCCUGAAUAUCGUUUAUAUGAUCUAUCGCCUUCCAGAAAUUGAAACCGAGCUUCGAACCAAACCCACAAAAACGAUGAAUGACAUUUAUAAUCACAUGUUUUCCUCAUUCUUGUUUUAUGUGGAAACCACGGAAUUCAAGGUUGAAUCAAAUCUUGCCAGAAUUAUUUGUUGUAAUGGAGUAUCGACUAUUGAAAAGUUAACCGCGCCAGAUUUUAUGAACAAAUCUCACACAAUUGUAAGUCCUGUUAUUCUUCGUAUAUAAGUUGUUUAGCUGGAAAAUGAAUCCAUGAUCAUUUUCAGACAAACUUUAAUGUGGAUUACGAGGCCUAUCAAAAAUGGGAAGCAGAAAACACCGCUCACUGGCCGAAAUCGCUCGAUGAUGAUUUGCCUAUUGCAAUUGCUAUGCGACAUCAUGGCUGGGAGCGAAAGGAAUACGAAGCGGGAAUUUCCGAAGCAUUCUACCCGCUUUUCCACCCGGUCCCAACUUUGAUCUCUCCGUGGAUUGAAAUUCAGAAGGGAGAGCUUACUGUGAUGGAUCAGAAGGCGCGCGAUAUUCUAUCGGCAAAUGAAAUGCGUUGGAAAGAAGAUACAGAAGAGGGGAUUUAUGGAGAAAGAGUGGAUGACAAUCAAACAAAUUUGUUGGCAUCGUUGAAGAAGUUUGAGGAGGAUGUGCAUACUUAUCAUGAAGAUUAUUUUACGAAAUAUACUCCUGAAGAAGGUGGGUCACUUACUUAAUAAUAAUGGUCCAGUCAUAAUUGUAUCAGAACUGUAAGCGUCUCAGCUCCACGUUUUGCGAUUAAAUGCAUGCUAAAAAUGAGGAAUUGAAAACAAAAUCGAAUUUAUUUGACCUAAACGUGUUCUUUUCUCAUUUUUGGAAAACAAAUCAUUUCAAAUUAUGAUAAAAUGAUAAAUAAGUGUUGUUUUUUUUCAGCGGAACAUUUGACACGCGAAGUAACUUAUAUAUCACCGAUCCCGCCAUCUUCCAGUGAAGAUGAUCAAAGUUCUGAUGGUGUAGAUGAUUCAGAUGACGAUGAUUCAGAUGAUGCUAUUAAACCUUCAAAACUCUCCAAACUUCAUGAUCAAAGUAUUACAACUUCUGUGGAUUCGAUCAUCGAUGGCUCACAGCUCAAGUAGAUUUUUCAAACCCGAAGUUUCACAAAAAAGAGUUUUUUUUCCAGCAAAACCGUCACAAAAAUCAUGGAAACCUUCGUAUCAACAACAAAUAGCACAGUUCCGCAAUUUUUGCGACUUUAUUCAGCAUCACGAAAUGAUCAAAAAAUGAAAACUAUGAUUCGACAUAAUCCCAGGGUUAUUAAUUUUUAUAUAGGGAAAAAUUGCGGCAAGAUAAAUUUCUACAUUUUUCCAGGUCGCAGGCGCAUUAAUGGCUCGAAUUGUGAAAAACGAGGGCGUUUCGACUUUCGAAAGAUAUUUCAAAUUAUUGACGGAUAUGGAUUUACAAUGUCAGGGUAUGGAAUGUUCGAUGUAUCUUUCGUUGGAUUUAGGAGAAGCUGGAAAAAUGAAUAGUGAUAAUAUGCGAAGACCAUUGUUGACAUAUUUGAGAGGUAUUAUGAGGAGUUGUGAGAAAUCAUCGAAUCGGAGAAGUAUUCGAGUCAUUGCUCAGAUUAUUACUAGACUUUUGAAAGAGAAAGUUAUACCGAUUGAUGUAAGUGAAAUUUGAUAAUAAGGGAGAAUUCUAUCUGUAAAAAUUCUAUUUUCCAGGAUAUUUUCACUGAUGCCAAUACAUUUUCGCUAAACUUCACAGAACAUCGAGAAGUUACAAAUAUGUAUGCUUUGGCCGCCCAACUUCGACAUGCUUCAAGACAAGAAAAGGAGAAAACUACUUCAACGGCAGAAGUUCCAAAAAAUAAAAAAUAA